CAGAUGACGAAUCCCACGAUAUUCUCUUUAAAAUCAGGGCGCGCAGCACGAUGGAGUAUAUGCCGGAGCCCACGGACCGCACCCCCGCACACAUCUUGUGCUGCGAAUGUGGUGUUGCAAUUAGUCCAAAUCCUGCCAAUAUUUGUGUGGCCUGUUUGCGAAGUAAAGUAGACAUCAGCCAAGGCAUUCCGAAGCAGGUCUCUAUAUCUUUCUGCAAACAAUGCCAAAGAUAUUUCCAGCCACCAGGAACUUGGAUACAAUGUGCAUUAGAAUCCAGGGAACUUCUUGCUUUGUGUUUGAAAAAAAUCAAAGCCCCUCUGAGUAAGGUCCGGCUUGUAGAUGCAGGCUUUGUUUGGACUGAGCCCCAUUCUAAGAGACUUAAAGUUAAACUAACUAUUCAGAAAGAGGUGAUGAAUGGUGCUAUCCUUCAGCAAGUGUUUGUGGUGGAUUAUGUUGUUCAGCCCCAGAUGUGUGGAGAUUGCCAUAGAGUAGAAGCUAAGGAUUUUUGGAAGGCUGUGGUUCAAGUUAGGCAAAAGACUUUGCACAAAAAAACUUUCUACUAUCUGGAACAGUUAAUUUUGAAAUAUGGAAUGCAUCAGAAUACACUUCGUAUCAAAGAGAUUCACGAUGGACUGGAUUUCUAUUAUUCUUCAAAACAACAUGCUCAGAAGAUGGUAGAAUUUCUUCAGUGUACCGUCCCCUGUAGAUACAAAGCCUCACAGAGACUGAUCUCUCAGGAUAUUCAUAGUAACAUAUACAAUUACAAAAGCACUUUUUCUGUGGAAAUUGUUCCAAUAUGCAAGGACAAUGUUGUCUGUCUGUCUCCAAAACUGGCACAAAGCCUGGGAAAUAUGAGCCAGAUUUGUGUGUGUAUUCGCGUAACCAGCGCCGUCCAUCUCAUAGAUCCAAAUACCCUACAAGUUGCAGAUAUUGAUGGGAGCACUUUUUGGAGUCACCCUUUCAGUAGUUUAUGCCAUCCCAAACAGCUAGAGGAGUUUAUUGUGAUAGAAUGCAGCAUAGUCCAAGAUUUAAAACGCAAAGCAGGUGCUGGAAUGAUAUCAAAAAAGCAUACCCUUGGGGAAGUCUGGGUACAGAAAACAUCUGAAAUGAAUACAGAUAAACAGUAUUUUUGUCGCACUCAUUUGGGACAUCUUCUGAAUCCUGGAGACCUGGUGUUGGGGUUUGAUUUGGCAAACUGUAACUUAAAUGAUGAGCACGUCAACAAAAUGAACUCGGAUAGAGUCCCAGAUGUGGUGUUAAUCAAGAAGAGCUAUGACCGUACCAAACGUCAGCGUCGUAGAAACUGGAAACUGAAAGAACUUGCAAGAGAUAGAGAAAACGUGGAUACAGAUGAUGAAAGGCAAUACCAAGAUUUCCUUGAAGAUCUUGAAGAAGAUGAGGCAAUUAGAAAAAAUGUCAACAUUUACAGAGAUUCAACCAUUCCUGUGGAAGGUGACACGGAUGAUGAAGGAGCGCCUCGAAUUAGUCUGGCCGAGAUGCUUGAAGACCUUCACCUUUCUCAAGAUGCUACUGGUGAAGAAGGUGCAUCGAUGAUGACAUAAUGAGGUCAUGUUGUGGAUGGUUUUUGCAUCUGUGGGCUCAGGAUGUUGCACAGAAUAACUUUUUCUGUUUCCUCUAUGCCUCCAUAUUCAGAGAGGAAAAAUUGAGUUUUAAACCUGAAUAAAUAUGACUAUUUUGAUUGCCCACUCAAAGCACUAAAAAAGAUUGAUAGCUUUGAAAUUUUAGAUAACAAAAGAUUAUGGAGAAUAUUAUUAUGACUGAUAUUUAGGUCAUUUUAUGUGUAGGAUCUUAUUGGUUCGCUUUUUUUUCUUAGACAAAGUAUUUUCACAUAACAUUAGCGCUGGAUUUAAAAGCUUAGAAGUUGCAGGUUAUCUAAAUCUGCAAGCAUAAAACAAGCUUUUACAUUCUUUUUGUAUUGAUUGCCUUAGAAAGAGCAUAUGAAGAAUCAUUUUUAAUAUGAACUUGUACACUUUGACCCACUGUAGAUCAGUUUUAUGUCCUUGGGGUAGGGAAGUUGGGGUCCAGUUUAUCACUGGACAUUCAGGAGGAAAGUUAAUCUUUUUUAUUAAUACCUUUAAAAGUUGAUAAAUUGAGGGUUAUCUUAAUUUUUAUUGCAGAAGAAAAUAUAUUUAAAUUAUUUAUAGCAAACAAAUUAUUUAAAGGUUAAAUAACAACUUGUAUCUUUGUUAUUUUUGCCUGAGCCCAGCAGCUUAGUAUAAUAGCUGCUUAUGUCUUAAAAACAUCUUCCUUUCAUUUCAAGGAUUUUGCUUUUGAAAUUUUGGUUAAAAAAUUGAGAAGGAAGGUAUUUCUCUAUAAGUUUCUAUCAUUGAACACAUAACCAUCGCAAAGAAUAUUAGAAUCCAGCAUAUAGAUUCUUGUCUGUGGUGAAGUAGUGGAAAUGAUCUUCAUGCUUUAUAAAACCAUGAAUCAGAUUUGAAUGAGGAAUGCCUUCCGCAUCCUUGAAAGAAGAGUUAGCUUCGGUUUUGGAGUGUUCUGAGAAUGAAAUAGUAAGAUUCUGUUUCUGUAAGCAAGAUCAUACUUACUAAGUAUGCCAGAGCUAAGAGCUAAUUUAAAAAUUCUAGGUAUACCACUAAAUAAGGAAAUUGAGUGGAACAUUCCUUUUUUUAAGAUUGAACUCCUUAAUUCUGAAGUUAUGAAUAAAGGCCUGCACUUUCUGUAUGGCUCCCUUUUCUGUCUCCAUAUUUAAAGUUUUCACUGUGGUCUGUGUUUACCUGUUCUAUGUCAAGAGUUUAAAAAGCAUGAAAAUAAAAACAUUUUCCCCUUUUUUGUGUCCUUGA